GUUCUUACACAAUGAAAAUUAGAAAAAGAAUACACAAUAAGUAAAUAUCAUCAUCUAUUUUGUGUAUAGAUAACUAAUUUUUUUUAUAUAAAAACAUCAUAUUUGCUUUUAGAAUAUUUAAUCUCAAAGGAUAAUUUUCAUAAUAAUCUAAAACAUCACAUUUCAAAUUGAUAACGGUUGCUACAUUUUUAUUGCGAGACAAAAGUCAACCUUUUAUAUUAUUUAAUUGACAAUAACAAAGUUAAAGAAAUUACCAUUUCAUACAAUUUACGGGAAGAACUCUAUCACCAUGCUAGUAAGAACCAUCGUCACCAUAUGCUUUAAAUUUUUCAAUUACCUUUUUUAAACGGUCCAAUUAAACCAAAAAUUUUAUCUUCCCAAGUCCAUUGAAAAAUGCAAAAAAAAACAAUAAAAAAUUUUACCAAAUUUAAAAUAAAUUGACAAUCAAACAAAUUAAAAGAAUAUACAAAACAAAUCAACCAAACCGAUGUGAAAGGUAUAGAAACCUCCGUCGAUCCGCUUGAAGCUAUACAAGAUCCUCUCUCUCUCUCUCUCUCUCUCUCUCUCUCUCUCUCUCUCUCUCUCUCUCUCUCUCUCUCUCUCUCUCUACUAUCUCUCUCUCUCUACUAGGGCUUCUCAAUCGUAUAUGAAACCUGAACCUUCACACUUUCUUGCCCGAGUUGAUGCAUCAAACUAUUGAAAGAUGUAACUAGAUCCGGUUCUUUGAUUAUAUUAGUAGAAUGUUACCAGUACCAUGUGGAAAAGAACCAAGCAUUUAGACAUUGCAAUGUUUUCUCCCCCAUAAGAUUUACAUGUGUGUUGCAUGGAACAAGCAUUAGGUCUCAUUAUAGUUGCCAAGAGCGACAGAACAUUAUCACUGGAAAAGGAUGAAAAGGAGCUGGUGAGAUCACUCAUCUCUAUCAAUAAACUUGCAAUAACGAGCUUCCAGACUGAACAUGGUGAUAUAUUGGAUUGCAUUAACAUUAAUAAGCAGCUAGCCUUUGACCAUCCUCUGCUCAAGAACCAUACUAUUCAGUUAAUGCCUACAACAAUACCUAAAUGGAAUAUAAACAACAACAAAAAUUCAAAGAAUGGUGAUUCAGUUCCAUUUCAACAAGAUGACAUAAGUUGUCCAUCUGGGACAGUGGUUGUUAAGAGGAUCACACAGGAAGAUCUUAUACAAUCUCACCGUUUGAAAUCAAUGGGGUCUAAAUACUCAAGCCAUAUUUCUUCAGAAGGAAAAAACAUUGAGUUAACUGGUUUUCAUUUUGCGGUGGCUGAGUACAGACAUCAAGUUUUUGGAGCAAAGGUAAACUUUAGCAUUUGGGAACCAGAAGUUUCACCCACUCAAUUCAGUUCUGCAAGUAUGCUUAUCGCCCAAGGCUCAAAAGAACAGUUUCAAAGCAUUAGAGCUGGAUGGAUAGUAUACCAAUGGUUGAACCAGAAUCACAGUCGCUUGUACACCUAUUGGACUGCAGAUGGAUUUAUCAAGACAGGUUGCUACAAUAUCCUAUGUCCUGGUUUUGUACAAGUGAGCACCAGAAUCCCACUCGGUAUCCUUUUUGGACCAGUUUCGGUUUAUGGUGGCCCACAAUAUGAAGUAGGGAUAAGAAUCUAUAAGGAUGGCAACACAGGAGAUUGGUGGUUAGUGGUGUACGACGAAAAUGUUGGAUACUGGCCAAACUCAUUGUUCACAAAAGCAGGCUUAGGUCAUGGAGCUAGUUUGGUAGCGUAUGGAGGAGAAGUAUACAGUCCAGUGAAGGAGAAAAGCCCAAGCAUGGGAAGUGGGCAUUUUCCGAGUGAAGGUUACUCGAAGGCAGCCUAUGUGAAUAAUUUUGAAGUGGUCGAAGGAAGCGUAGCUACGAAGCCCCUUUUUCCUGUAACGCUAUUCUCAAGCACUCCGAAUUGUUACAAAGCAAGUCUUACAGGUAAAAAAAAAGUUUGGUACAACGCUAUCUUCUUUGGAGGGCCAGGAAAAUGUGUUUAAGAUAUGUAUCUUCUGUUUUUCAGUUUGAGUUACAAAAAUAAAGUUGAUAUUCGGAAGUUAGAACUUCUUUUAUGAGAUUUAACAGAGAUACAAGAAUGUUUUGGUGUAUGUUUAAUUGGAGUAAUUCAGUUAAUAUCAAAAUUAGAAUAAAAAUGUUUUUUUUAUGCA